GUGUGUUUACUUCUUGUGUAUGUGACUCAUCAUUGCUAUUGCUAUACCCCAUUCAUUCAUUCUUUCAUUGGGGAUAUAUAUAUUUGGGGACUCCAAUAUCCUUGCAUUUUGAUCGACGUUCAUUGCCGUAGAGAGAUGGUAAUAAUAGGAGCUUGAUUUUGACCAGUGUGAACGCUGGCUUGGCUCCAAAGGGUCACUUAAUUAAUUAUUUGUUAGAAUCGCAAAGCUGUUUUUAUGAAUGGACAAAAUCGGAAAUACACCCCUGUAUGUCUUCAGCCAUCUGGUGAAAAACAGCUAAGUAAUAUGAGUGCCUCGGGAGCCAUGUCAUCACAAAAUUCUUCAUUAGUCUCUAGGUCUUCAAGUGAUACGGUGCCAUUCCAAGUCGGCCAGCCGUCUCAUUAUGUAAAUGCACAACCAGUGCCAUUAGUAGGUCAAAGUAAUGGUAUGUCGUGGGUUACAGAAUCUCUUGAGGAUCUUCUUGAAUUUCCUGACAGUAUCAUUGGCGGCAGCUCCCAAAUCGAGACUCUUAAUGCCAUGAUUCCAUCUGGUGAUCUUGGUAGGGGAACUGACUCAAACUGGCAGAACUGGGAACAUUUAAUGAAUGCUGAUGAUAAUAUUGACUCAAACUGGAGUGAGAUGUUGGCUGAUGUUGAUGCGCCAAGCCUAGAACCAAAGCAAAUGCAAAUCACUACUCGUCCUCCCGUGUCAAGCGUGGAAGCAUGUCCAGUCGGUAGCCCAUCAUCUAAUGGAACCUCUAUUAAACCUCGCAUGCGUUGGACACCAGAGCUGCAUGAAUCCUUUGUUGAAGCAGUCAACCAGCUGGGUGGUAGUGAACGAGCUACACCAAAAGGCGUUUUGAAGCUCAUGAAUGUUGAAGGUUUGACAAUAUAUCAUGUGAAAAGCCAUCUGCAGAAAUAUAGAACAGCCAGAUAUAAGCCAGAGUUAUCUGAAGGAUCAUCAGAGAAGAAGCAGAAUAUUGAUGAGAUGGUAUCUAUGGAUAUUAAAACCAAGGCUUUGGGGUUCACUGAUGCAUUAAAACUACAGAUGGAAGUUCAAAAGCAACUUCAUGAACAGCUUGAGAUCCAAAGAAGCUUACAGUUACGAAUAGAAGAACAAGGUAAAUAUUUACAAAUGAUGUUUGAGCAACAAAGGAAGAUGGAAAGCGAAAGGUUAAAGCCCGCAUCAUCUAACCCAGAUGAAGAACCUGCCCCUCUAGCAAAAGCAACUGAAAAACCAAAUGAUGAUCAACACAUAUCAGACAAAGAUGCCAAAAAGUCAACGGAAAACAGCAGCCAAAAUUCAAAGUCAACAACGCAAAUAGAAGAACCGGAUGUUAACAUAUCUAAUAUCAAUAGUGGAUGUAGUCCCCGCCCUUCAAAGCGUGCCAGAGCCGACCAGGCAUAACCCAUGUUUUGAUUUGUGUGAUUACAUUUGGAACAUGUUUGUCCCUUUUCUCUUCCUGUCCCUGAAUAUCUUUUUAGGGCUUUUGCAUUUGGAGAUGGAUUUUGGAGGGUGCAACAAGCAAUGUUAGGUUUUUCUUUUGUUCAUUUUGUUACUAUACAACUAGUAGAAAUAAUAUAAGUCCAUAAUAAACAAGUUUGUCUUGAAGAA